AUGGGCGCGUGGCGAGGCGCGUGCGUGGGCGGGGCGCUGGUGUUGUGCUGCGUGGCCGCCGCGCGCGCCAUCGUCGGGGGCUCGGAGACACAAGCGACGCUGCGCGACGUGAGCAAGUGCUGCGAGCGGGGCUUCCAGCUGCACGCGGUGGCCGCCCGCUGCGUGCCUCGCGCCGGCGGCGCCGCCGUCCCCGCCGACGCCGACAAGUGGGAGCUGCUGCGCCCGCCCAUGGGCGACGCCGACGCCUACUGGCUGCCGCCCGCACUGCGCGAGGGGCCGGUCUUCGCCAGCUACGACGCCCUUGACACCGCCCACCACGCCGACAAGCUGCCUUCCUUCAGGUUACGCACCCUGGGCUACUCCCAGCGAGUGGAGGCGAAGCCCGAAACAGUGGAACGCUUCCUCAAGGUCAACUCCACUGCCCGGCGCUUCGAGCUGACCGCCUUCAAAGGGAGAGUGGGGCUCAGCACGGUGCGGAGGCAAACGUUCUGCUUCGACGCGACGGACAGCCCGCACAUGCCCCACGUCAUUUUCACCACUCUCGAGCUGCGGUCGGUGCCCAAGUGCUGCGCCAAGGGGUACCAGCUCAACGCGCAAGCGGAGGCGUGCGAACAACGCGAGAAAAGGGAGAAAAACGAGAACGCGACCGAGGAGAUCAUCGAUCCCUUCGUCGACCCAAAGGUCGCGUACUGGCUGCCGCGGAAGAUGCUCAACACUGUGAUCGUGGCGGUGUACCGCAAGCAGCAGCAGCUGCUACGUUGGAACGUAGCAGUGGACGCCAACUCCGUGGUGGGGCUGAACCUGGACGACGAUGACGACUACGACGACUACGAGGAUGACGAGGCGGGCCAGCCCAAAGCGGCUGCGGGCGGCGGUGGGGACGGCUCCAAGCCCGAGUGGGAGCUGCGCGAGGACGGCGCAGGCUACUCCGUGCGCGUGCGAGGUCCGUCACGCACCGGCAGCCGCGUGGAGGGCGUGACCUCCGAGUUCUGCUUCGACACGACGGCGGACGGGCCGCUGCCGCACCGGAUGAUGCUGGCGCGGCUGUGGAGCCUGCCCAAGUGCUGCGCGCGCGCCCAGCAGCUCAACGCCAACGCCACGGGCUGCGAGGCGCGGGCGGACGCGCGGGCGGCGGCGGCGGCGGGCGACGCGGGCGGCGGCGGCGGCUUCGAGGACCUGAGCGCCGUCGUGGCUUCCGGGGCGCAGCACUGGGUGCCAGUCAGACUACGCUCCAUGCAGGCCCUGCUGGUGGAGUACCUGCGCGAGUCGGACCGCAAGUGGAUGUCCGCGCGGCAGGUGAUCCCCGCCGACAACGAGCUCCUCUGGCAGCUCGACUUGGCGGGAGACGCGCCGAGGGUGAUGGUGCUGGCCGCGGACGCCGCCAACCACUCGGUGCGCUCGCGCGCGUCGGUGUACUGCUUCGACAGCAGGGGGGCGGACGAGCGCGUGCUGCUGACGGUGGUGUCGCAAGUGAACAAGUGCUGCCGCAAGGACGAGCAGCUGGACGUGCGCGCCGCGAAGUGCGUGGACCGCCUAGGAGUGGAGGACGGCGGCUCUGAAACGGGCAUCGUGGACGCCGAGAACCCGGAGGCGGCCUUCUGGAUACCUCAGCAGCUGCGGAACAACCUCAUCCCGGUGCGCUACGACUUCGGUCUCAUGGAGAAAGGGGGCGUGGUGUUCGAUGCAAAUCACGGCGGGCGCUGGAGGAUCGACUUCAACGCUAAUGGCUCCGUGCUGUCCCUGUUGUCGUCGACGACGUUGUCUGGCACCAGUCGGGCGGUGAGCACCGACAGGUUCUGUUUCGACGCCAUCGAGAAGGACGGCCCGGUGGCGCUGAUCGCCGACGUGUGCUACGAGCAGGGCUUUAACUGCUUCUUCAAGUGCUGUCCGUCGGGCAAGCUCCUGUCGGUGGAGGGCAAGUGCACCGACAACAGCGGACGCGACUGGUCCCCGCGCGUGUCGGCCGCCGCCAAGUUCCUCAGCAGCGAGGGGCUGUACACGGCCAAGAUCCUGUCGAACCCCAUCUGCGGCAACGCGUCCUUCCACGCAGACCGCACCCCGGCCUCGCCUGAGGAGUUCGCGGCGCGCCUGCAGGGAAAGGAACGUCAGUACCGCUUCUCAAAGACGUUUUUCUGCGCGGACUUCCGUGAGGGCGCGGGCGCGGGGGCGGGGGCGGGCGAGGCACUGGCCUACUGCGUGGCGCCUCCCAUCGCCCCCACCUACGAGGCGGUGCGGCCGCUGGGCGUGGCGGCGGUGGCGCUCCUAGCGGCGGCGCUGGCGCUGCUGCUGCGCGCCCCCGACACGCGCGCAUCCACGCACGGGCGUGCGCUCGCGUGCCACGCCGCCUGCCUGCUCGCCGCCAACGCCACUCAGGCCGCCUGGUUCUUCCUCGACCGCGACGACGCCUACUGCAAGUACUAC